UCCGGCCGACAGCGGAAGUCGGAGUGGUCCCUGCCGCCCUUCCGGCGGGAACUGCCUGCCAGUCCUCAGUCUCCGAACGGGAGUCCCCGGCGCGCCGCGAUGGUGGUCCCGCAGCUCCUGGUGCUCUUCGGCAGCCAGACGGGCACUGCUCAGGAUGUGUCGGAGCGGCUGGGUCGCGAAGCCCGGCGCCGGCGGCUUGGCUGCCGGGUGCAGGCCCUGGACUCGUACCCGGUGGCGAAUCUGAUUCACGAGCCCCUGGUGAUCUUCGUUUGUGCAACUGCAGGCCAGGGAGACCCGCCCGACAACAUGAAGAACUUUUGGAGGUUCAUAUUCCGGAAGAACCUGCCCUCCACUGCCCUCUGUCAGAUGGACUUUGCCGUCCUGGGCCUCGGGGACUCCUCAUAUGCCAAGUUCAACUUUGUGGCCAAGAAGCUGCACCGACGGCUCCUACAGCUUGGGGGCAGUGCCCUCCUGCCCGCGUGCCUGGGUGACGACCAGCAUGAGCUGGGGCCCGAUGCUGCUGUGGACCCCUGGCUGCGAGACUUGUGGGGCAAGGUUCUGGGGCUGUGCCCGCCGCCUCCAGGCCUCGCUGAGAUCCCUCCCGGCGUCCCCCUGCCCUCCAAGUUCAGCCUGCUGUUCCUCCACGAGGUGCCCAGUGCAGGCUCUGAGGGGCAGCAGGUGGCUCACCCUGGCUCCAGAGAGCCCCCAUCGGAGUCGCAGCCUUUCCUGGCACCCAUGAUCUCCAACCAGAGAGUCACCGGCCCCUCCCACUUCCAGGACGUUCGGCUGAUUGAGUUUGACAUCUCAGGCUCUGCCCUCAGCUUCGCUGCCGGCGAUGUGGUGCUGAUUCAGCCCUCCAACUCGGCGGCUCACGUCCAGCAGUUCUGCCAGGCACUGGGCCUGGACCCUGAGCAGCUCUUCACGCUGCAGCCGCGGGAGCCAGAUGUCCUCCCACCCACAAGGCUGCCCCAGCCCUGCUCCGUGCGGCACCUCGUGUCCCAGUACCUGGACAUCGCCAGCGUGCCUCGCCGCUCCUUCUUUGAGCUCCUGGCUUGUCUGUCCCUCCAUGAGCUGGAGCGGGAGAAGCUGUUGGAGUUCAGUUCUGCCCAGGGCCAGGAGGAGCUCUUUGAAUACUGCAACCGGCCCCGCAGGACCAUUGUGGAGGUGCUGUGUGACUUCCCAUACACAGCCGCCGCCAUCCCCCCGGACUACCUGCUGGACCUCAUCCCCGCCAUCCGGCCGAGGGCCUUCUCCAUCGCCUCCUCCAUGCUGGCUCACCCCUCGAGGCUACAGAUCCUCGUGGCUGUAGUGCAGUUUCAGACUCGCCUCAAGGAGCCCCGCCGGGGCCUCUGCUCCUCCUGGCUGGCAUCCCUGGACCCGGACUCUGGGCAAGCACCUGUCCGGGUGCCCCUGUGGGUGCGGCCUGGGGGUCUGGCCUUCCCAGAGAUGCCAGACGUGCCUGUGAUUAUGGUGGGGCCCGGCACCGGGGUAGCCCCCUUCCGAGCAGCCAUCCAGGAGCGCGUGGCCCAGGACCGGACCAGAAAUGUCUUGUUUUUUGGCUGCCGCUGGCGGGACCAAGACUUCUACUGGGAGGCGGAGUGGCAGGAGCUGGAGAAGCGGGGCUGCCUGACCCUGGUCCCUGCCUUCUCCCGGGAGCAGGAGCAGAAAGUGUAUGUGCAGCACCGGCUCCGGGAGCGGGGGCCGCUCGUGUGGGAGCUGCUGGACCGCCAGGGUGCACACUUCUACCUGGCAGGCAACGCCAAGUCCAUGCCAGCGGAUGUCUCGGAAGCCCUGGUGUCCAUCUUCCAGGAGCAGGGCGGGCUCUGCAGCUCCGACGCCGCCGCCUAUCUAGCCAGGCUUCAGCGGACACGGCGCUUUCAGACUGAGACGUGGGCCUGAGCCCCUUGGCUGCCGUGACCCUCCCGGGAGUCCGGGAGAGGGCUUCGUCCUCUCCGGCCAGGGGUGGCGCUUCCAGGUCCCAGCUCGUUGGGGCAACAGCCAGCUCCAGAGCACAGCCACACCCUCGUCAACCCUGGGCCCCACCCUUUGAGCCCUGACUCCACUGCAGCCUCUGCCAGCCAGCUCUCCGCUCCCCCACCCUGACCAUGAGCUUGGUCCUCUUUCUCCCCCACCCUCUUCCCGGUCAAGGUGGUGGCCUGGGCCGCUCCACUUCACCAGUGCAGUGGCCCAGGACGGCGUGAGCAGCCCACUGGGCACCGGGAGCGGCACAGGGCCCCCAUGAGGCCACACUGCACUCCUCCGCCCUGGGGCCACUGCAGCCUGCUGGGCAGCACAUUCCAGUCACCACCCCCACACGGCUGAGGCUGGGCUCAGGCCACAAGAAAGCAGCUCCCUUAGAGCAGUGGGGUGGUCCCAGGCCAGAGCAGCCCCUUCCUCUCCUGGUCCCAGGAAAGCCCCGGCAGGAACUGCUGGCCUCCGGGUGGCUCCUCAGGACCCCUGGGUGGGCAGUGGCGGUGGACGCCAUGGUGCGCUCUUGCUGGCCUGCCCGUACCCAAGUGGCAGCUCUUGUCUGCCUGUAAUGUGACAAGCGCCCUGCCUGCUUCAUUCUCAAAGGCUUGGUGGGUCGGCUGAGAUCUGAGGGUCACGACAGGGUUUUGGGCAGGUGUUGGGAAGGCAGAGCUAAGCCGUCUAUCCUGCCUGGGAGCCGAGGCUGCCGGAAGCAGUGGUGGGAGGGGGUGUGGUGGAUACGGCCCCGCCCCUGGGAGGUGCUUGAGGCACCAGGAAAGGAAGUCCGGCUGGAGGAGUCCUGCCGUUCACACCGCCUCACCGUCCUCUCGUCGGAGUCUCUUAUCUGUGGUCGGCUGGUCGCUGGCAGGGGACUAGACGUGGCCGAGGCUGGGCUGCAGCCUGAUCUGGCUGGGGACGGCACUGCGUGGGCGCAGGACACACUCGACAGGCGAGCCUUGCCGGGGCCCCAGUGAAGUUCCCAUCCAGUGAGGAGAGCCAGCCAGGUCAGUGCCAGACCCAGUGGAGCCCAGACCCUGCUUCCCCUGGAGGUCCCCACCUGUCUCCACCCUGGGGUCCCUGGCUUCCUAUCGUGACUCCUCCCGCAGGGCCACCACCCCUGAGCUGUGGCCUGGGCUCCCUAGUCUCCACCUUGCCGACUCCAGCUCUGGGCCUGUCAGUCCACCUGGGGCCGCUCUGGGCCCUGAGUGCCUCAACCCACUAAGCCAAGCACCAGCGAGUGAAGGGGAUGACUUUGGGCUUCCCCAAGAUGCCGAGACUCCAACCGGUGAGCCCCUGCUGGGGGCUGUGGCCAUGGAGGGCGCCUGGGCCCUUCCAGCCUGGAAGGAGGAGCUGGGAGAGCUGGCCGCAGGGCAGGGGGAAGAGGAGUGCCCCAUCUGCACCGAGCCCUAUGGGCCCAGGGAGCACCGCCUGGCCCUGCUGAACUGUCGCCACGGCCUGUGUGUGGGCUGCCUGUGCAGGCUGCGGGGCUCGGCCCCAAGCUCCGACCUGGGCUGGGUACGCUGCCCACUGUGCCGCCAGAAGACCCCCAUGCUGGAGUGGGAGAUCUGCCAGCUGCAGGAGGAGCUGCUGCUGGCCGACGGGCCCCCACACCAGCCCCCCCAAGAGGUCCCCGCACCCCAGCACCGCGACCCUGGACCCUGGGGCUCCCUGGAGCACCGCUACCAGCUGCGCUUUCUGGCGGGGCCCCUGGGUGGCCAUGGCUGCCUGCCCUUUCUGCCCUGUCCACCCUGCCUGGGUGCCUGGCUCUGGACCCUGCGGGAGCGGGGACCCUGUGCCCGCCGCCUGGCUCUCCUGAGCCUGCUGGCCCUCGAGCUGCUGGGGCUCCUGCUGGUCUUCGUGCCGCUGGGGCUGCUGGGGCUGCUCUUCCUGCUCCUGGACCGCUCUGGCCGCUGAGCAGAGCCCAGGACAGCCCUGACGCCAGUGGGCCCAGACUGGCCCACAUCGCCACUGGGUGCUGUGAGACCUGAAGACUAAGCUGAAAAACCCAAGGUUGGGUCCAGGGCACUGCCCUUCAAUCAAGACCUCCAUGGCUGAACCCAAGACUGGGGCCACCCAGGAGCCUGACCCCGCCAGAGUGCAUGGCUGCUCUGGACGCCGGUGCCCAAGGACAGCUGCCAGAGGAGCCAGCCCAGCAGGAAGGUCUGCGAGCAGGGCCCCACGCGCCCAGUGGGAGACGCACCCUGCCGCCAUGGCCAAUGCUGACCACACUUUCCCUUCCGAGGGCCGGCCGAGCACAGCAGACAUGAAGGUUAACAGCUGCAGUCAGUCCGUUCCUUGGAGAGAGCAGGGGUUCCACCCACUCUGUGUUCAGAUAAGGGCCAGUGCAUGUCCCUGAAGGUCAGGCCAGCCGGGGGAGGGGCCUGUGCUGUGAAAACUCCACCUGCAGAGGCUUCUCUCCCCACCUACUCAGGCUGAGACCAGCUGGGGGUCAGCACUGGCCUGUGUUGCAGGGACAAGGGUCCACCCCGGCCUUAGAACACAAGCACCAGGCCCAGCUCUGCCCCUGCACACCCUCACGUUGCCACGCCUGGGGCCUCCGUGGAAAGGGUGGAGACGUCGGGUCUGUGGGUGACCCUGAGAGAUGGAGCACUGGGCUCGAGGCAAAGCAGCUUUCAAUAAACUGGUUCCUGGGAA